ACUCACGCAACCUGAGAGCGAUGUCGCGCGGGAAUCACGCUGAAACGAAGAAAUAAACUGACUUCAUCAUUGCAGUCCUGCAUCUAAUUCCAGUACUGUAAAUGGCACCCACCAUAGUACCAGGUAAUAUUCGCAAAAGAGGAAAUUCAUAUCCAGUAGUUAAGUACUUGAUUUGGCUCGCUCUGUUUGUUUUCAUCGCUAAGUUGCAAAUCGUCAGAAUAUCUGUAGCACUCGGUAAGAAAUUUGGUUUGACCCGAUUUUUAAUUUAACUUGGCGAUUUUCGCUGCGUAAUGGAAAAGAAGUUGGAAAACUGGAAUGAAAUGAACAGAAAAUAAGGACCAAUUUGGGCUAUUUUUUCAUCGGUUGCGAUAACUUUCUCCUGUCGCCUUGCAUCCGUAAUAAAUUACGUGGCACUUUGGAAUCACUUGUUUUUCUUUCCCGAGAUAUAUGAUGCUUUCAAUAUCGCAUCAGAUAAUUUCCAGAUUGAUAUUUUAUUGCGUCGAAUGUUGAUUGAUAGGACGAGAGCAAGGCACAAAGUGGAGAACGUUCGGUUCUAGGAGAGUCAGGAGAGGGAGUACUGUGAAAGGCAAACGUGUAACUCGAAACCAGGUUAAUAAAAAGGUUGGCAGUCACACAACACUCCGUUACACGCCAAGAUUGGCCAAGAAGUACUACAACUUGCGGCCAAGAAAAUCUACGCAAGGUCAGUUUUAACGAAUAAUUAAUGAUCCCAAAAACUCAAGUAGAAGGCAAACUAUAUUCUUAUAUAUUGUUUUGCUUGAGGUCUGAGAUCGAGGAAAUGAAAUGGGAAGGUUUCUAUAGAAACACGAAAGACCUGUAGAAGCACCCUUAGUUUUAACUUUCUGUAUGACGUACAAUUAAUGAUUCCCAAAAAAUAGGUAGAUGGAAAACUAUGUUCUUAUAUAUUGUUUUGCCUGAAAUCUGAGAUCGAGGAAAUGAAACGGGAAGGUUUCCAUAGAAACACGAAAGACUUGUAGAAGCACCCUUAAUUUUAGCUUACUGUAAUGACUUGACCUAAAAGACCUAAGUUUCUAAACCUCCUUUUACACUGUUACGUUGAAUUGUAAAAGUUUCAAAAAAUAUAUAUAUCUAUCUGCAUCACAGGAUCUGAGCCACCUCGCUCCGUUAGUACAAACUUUUAAUGAGCAAUACUUUGACAACUUUUCGAUACAAUUUUCAAGAAAAGGAACGAAAAAAGGAGUAGAAUCAGUCCAUCAAAUAAAUAGUGUUGAGUGAUCGCUUAAAGCGCUUUGAGCCUCCCUAAGGGAAGUUACUGAGACAAUUUUGUAAUAAACCAAAACAAAUGAUAGCUGUUUAGAAGUCUGAUAAACUUUAAAUUUAGCAACGAAGUGAAUCCUUGAUCCAUCAGUGUCUUACUAAAAGAGUCUCUGGCAUCAUUUUAUCUUAAAACUCUCAGAUGAAUGAUUUCCUUAAAAGAGACAUGAUGUUUAUGAGCAAGAACACUCAGUAAAAUUUUACACCAGACUCCCCGAGGGUCUUGGUCACGAGUUCUGAGGCGCAUCAGCACGUGACGCUAAGGGUCAGGACGAAUUUUUUCAGAAGAAAAAAAUAUAUAUACAAAUAAAAUGAAUUUUGUACAGGUUGGAACGCAGUGAACUUAUUAGGUUUGGUGCCAGAUAAAUUUAAAACUUGUAUAUAAGUGUAUAGAUCUCGAUGAAUUACAUACUUCCUUGAGUCGACUUGAGUAUAAAUGUGCUUAUUCUGACUGAUCGACUCGGCGUAAGGUUCGCCAGCUAUUGUCACACCUGGCCCAUAUUGUUUGACGAAUGCACCCUCAGCGUGUUUUCCCUCAGCGAACUAAAAACAGCUCCGGGGCAUGUGUGGGAGACGCUAAAUUUACCAAGCGUGUUAUGAAAUUAGAAACUUGUAUUGAACGCGUUUUGAUGCAACAGCGCAAUAUCACAAGCCUUAUCCUGUAUUUACCAGCGUUGCCACCUCAAUUUUCAACUGGGGGCUUGCCGGAGCGCCUGCACAUCCACAGUAUUUUACUUGAAGUGUCUGCGUCUGUGUUGGUCGGCUAAGUUUUUGGGCUUCCAAAGGACUAAUUAGGCGGUAAGUACAAACUUUCACCAACAAUCUCAUAGCUCAGUGAUUUCGUGGGGGACCGUAGGACGUUAAAGUUUAAACUGGAGCUUACGCGUUCCGAAAAGUUUCACAAAUGCAACUGUUAUUGCUUCCAACACAAUUGUGUCGUUCCUAUGUGGUGUGAGUUCGCUCCAACCGCUGGUCGACUGGCUUAUCCAGUGAAAACGGUGCAAUUCACGUUAAAUAUUGUGCGCGGAGUUGUAGUUGUAGUUCUUCAGUUAAAUGAAAAAAAGGAAAAAAGCAUCGAUAAUUGAGCAAAACUAUUCUUUUCUUUUCUCCGUUUUAUGAGCGUAAUGCGGUGUCCUUUUUCCACUGUGCCAGCAGGAACUCGCUGAAGUGGCACAGAGUUUACUCACACACCUCUCCUUCAAAUAAGAUUUUCUUUCUCUGAAAUGGGAAUGUGUUCCAUGGUAUGGCUGUGAUCUUGCAAUUUACCCUUUUACUAUGUUUUGAGGUUAAGUAAACUUCUCUUAUAAAAAUAUCGCUAAAGCUUUGCACAUGACAAGUUUCAAUAACCCAGCGUGUAAACAGCACAGUUUACAUUCCGUCGACAUUGCGUGAGGAAAUGGUAAGGAAAACUUCCGUACUUGCCACUUAAGAUUGUGUUUCUUGCUAAAAUUUCCAUUGUAAACAACGGUGUUCUUUCAUGUCUUUUCUACGUCAUUCAAUAAGUACUGGUUCAACUCUUCAAUCACUUAACUAGAUAUUGCUAUCUCUCUUCUGGUAUAUUAAAAAUGUGUGAAUACAAUCGAUUGUGCUUUUCAGCCUGAUUAUCUAAAUCAUGUAAGUCGUUAAACUUGUCCAUCAGUUAAGAAGAACCCUUUCUUUAUUUCACACAAUUUGCUCGGGAAAAAGUUGGAAUCAUAUCACAUUUUCUGUCAGACAGAAAAAGGGUCGGUUGGACUUCUAUAAAUUCUUUCAAUAAAGCUCACGUUAUGCAAAAAUAAUUCACCGCUGGGCCGGAUAAGAAUUACGAUUUUAUCGUUCCUAUUACGGAUGGAGGGAGUUUAAGUUUAAUAGUUUAAGAGGGUUAAUUUCUGGUUUGAGACCAGUAUUCUGGUAACUUAUAAGGGGACAGUUUUAAGUGAUACUAUCGACAAAGAGUCCUUUGCAAAUUUCCCACGACCAUAGAGACUGUUUAAAAGUGACCUGUUGAUUGCUUUUUAAAAGAAUCUAACCCAUGUGACCUAUUUUAAUAAUCUGGUUUCUGCAGAGCUCGGCCAUUAUACAAGUCCUUCAAACAUGGGUUUGUUACGAGACCAACUGGAGCAGUAUUUGGCCAGAAUGGAGGAUGAGCUUGACAAGACUAUCAACUUCUGGCUUGAAAAGUCUGGUGAUAAACGAAACGGGUGGGGAAGUCAAACAUAAUUAUUAUUUGAGUUUAUUUUAAGGGUCAUGGAUGAUUUACCAACUGAGACGAAAGGCCUCAAAGACCGCCUUCUAUGAUUAGGGUUGCAUGAUAACAAAUUAUUUCAUGUCGCUACGGAUAAUUACGUUUCCUCGAGUACAUAAGUGAUUCGUCUCUCAGUUUAGGAUCAGCUUUCACACUCGGAGCUGGUUAACCACGAUUGUGAAGAGAUACUCAGAGGAAUAACGUCAUCAUAUUUGAGGUUUUCUCGUGACGUGUUAAACUUAAUUGAAUUUGAAGGAGACUAUAAAUAUUAAUUAUGUAGCACAGAAAUACUCAAAUAAAGCAAUAAAAACCAAAGAGAAACAAGGGUGACUAAGGAUGGAGAAGAUUGAAAAGGUUUGUGAAGGGUGACAUCGCUCAGUUUAGCCUAAAUUUUUUAAGAUGGUCAAGCCUUACCAUAGACCCUUCUAACAUAACCUUUCCAAUUGCAAUUUGAAAAUCUCAUGAUGUAACACUUGAGUUUAUCCACCGACUAACUGAGUAAUUUCGAUCUAACUUGGGAACCGAUUAGGAAUUAAAUGCAAUAAACGCACCAAAUUUAACUUUUCAUUGCUAAGUAGAGUAAACGGUAUUGAUUAAGUAUUGUCCUUGCUUAAAAUUCCAUUCAUGAGUUUACAUCGAACAUUUCGACGUUUAAGUCCAAUAUUGACAACAGCAUAUACAGAGCCAAAAUAUUGUGCGCGGAUAUUGAACUUACAUUUAAUUUAAACCUCAAAAGAAUCACAAUUAUGUACUAAUGAGGCUACAGUUGACUUAACCUAAGCCUAAACACUUAUGAUCAUUGAGGCUUACAUCUCGAAGUUACCGUAGAAACAAAGAAUGUCGUUACUAUGGUAAAGGAGUACGUUUCACGCUCCUUCGGUCACGUCAAUUUUUCCAUUUAUUUUCCACUUGUGUAGAAGAGUUCUGCACUUCGUUAAGUUAUGGAUUCUCUCAAAAUACACAAUAUCCUCCUUAAAGUGCGAACUUUUGUAACGAUUGUUUUAUUAUUUUUCUUUUUGUCUCUGUGAGCUCUAUCAGCGCAAACCAAAAUGUGCAGGACAGUUACGAGAGCCAUAGAUUUUCUUUCUCUUAUCUAGGUAGAUAUGUUUAUUUUAUUGCUUUGAUACUACUCUCCUCUAAGAAAUUGCAUGCAAAGACGUGUGUGUGUUUUUCCGUUUACGUCGUCUCAACUCUGCUAAUACCUCCCUAAAAUAUAUCAAGGAUAUGGCAAACAACGCAUUCGACUUGUUUGGCUAUUAAUGCGGGAGUAAACCCUGUUUAUCUUUAAAUAAAAAGCAUUUCAAAUAAACUCUAACCUUUUGGCUGUUUUUCGAUUGUAGCGGUUAUUAUGUAUGUCUCGCUAGAGAUGGCAAAGUUUACGAUGACUCUAAGUACGGCUGGCUUGAAGGCAGACAGGUUAGUCUCGCUGUACGAUUGAAAAUAUAUUCGUAUGUUAAUUUUUUUUUUAAUCAUCAAAUGCUCAUAGCAACGUCGACAUCUAGCCAAUCACAAAAAAAUAAAAUCCAUGCUAAUGAGAUUAACCAAUCAGAGGUCGAAGGAAACAAAGCAAACCCGUGCUAAGCGCGGGAGAACACUCCAAAACUGAUAGAGGCACUACCGUGAUUUGAUUGGCUAGAAGGCAAGGAGCGAAGUAAUUGCUGAUUAACAAAACCAGGAGCCCAUUAUUGUGAUUGCUAAAGGACUCACGCCAGGCAGCGAUAUUUGUCUUUUUCCGCAAGUUUUGAAAGUGUACUACAAUUCAUUAAGGUGCUAUGUUAACAAGAAUCUAAUACGACUCAGUUGACUCAGAACUUGAUUGGUACAAAACUCUACACAGAUUCUUAAGUUAAAACUCAACGUAGUUGUCAAAUUGGGGGACUAAGAUCUCUGAGGUACUUUAAAACUGAAAAGGGCGCAGUUUUCCAUACAACUGCCCCUGUGAUACUUUUAAAACCUAUUAAAAAAACACUAAAUAAUUCUUAAGUUCCAAAGGUAUUGAGCGAGUGGGGCAGAAAUUGCUUGCAUUGAGAUUAUGAGCCAUGACUCAGCUUUAAUUACCUGAAAUGAAUUUAGAGAUGUAAUGCAUUUGUCCCUGACUUUCUCUUAAAUAUCAUAUUUAUAAAGUAUUUUUCACUGUAGGUAUGGAUGUACUCUAAACUUUACAACGAGUCUUGGAAAUACGGCAAGGUGAAGAUCCUUAAAGCUGCACUAUCAGGUAACGACAAGAAAGGACAAAGAAGCGAUAGUCAGAUUUGAUUUUACCGACUACUUUCUCUUUCAAAUUUGCGUGAAAAAGUGGUAAUUCAAAGCGGUAAAAUGCGAUUAAAAUUCUUCUUGCGAAUUGCUCAAUUUCAAUGCCUUCCAUAACUAUAUAAUACGUUGUGGGAAACUUAAAAAAGGGGUGUGGCUGAGUGGCUCCUGGGCUGCCUGUGUCAAAGUUAAGUGGUAACUUACAGAAUAAUUUACGAUACUGGAAAAACAUGGCAUGCUCGCAAAUUCCAAUAAAACGCUAGUAUGAAGAAAUUUAUAUUUCCUGUAAUUUCAGGUGGCGAAUUUUUGUUAAAUCAUAUUAAAAACCCUGAAGAUGGGAGAUGUUACUUUCAAGUCACAGCUGAAGGGAAGCCAAUUAAGAUUCAGAGGACAAUCUUCACUGAGUGUUUCUAUGCGAUAGCGAUGGCUGAGCUUUAUCGAGCUAGUAACCUUAUUAAGUAUAAGGUAGGAACGAGGUUAGGUACACAAUAAACAACACUGCGCUUCUUUGUCAAACUACUUUGGGAGGACAAACAACAAGAGUGGAAGAAACUGAAGCAACAUUUGAUUGAGUCUGACAAUGUGCCACAGAACUGUCUCAUUCUUAUUGCACCAUGUUAUGUUACCAUAGGGGGCUUUGCUAGAGAAAUACUAAAAACGAAUUAAUAGAGACAUGUUCUUGAGCGAGGCAAUCUAGGCGCUCUCUAAACUAGGGAGUGAACAAGAAUACAUGUUAACUAUGACGAAAAAGUAUCAAUGCUUGGGGUGGGGUAGCUUUCAGUGAACUGAGAACCCAUUCCAUAGGAGCAGCAAUUCUCCUCCUUACUAGAAGUUACGUAAACCGAGAAAUGCACCACUUAGCUCGAGCGAUUGUGCUGAGCAAUGAAGACGUGCUCAGAAAAUCAUGCAUCAAUUUCAUUUCAGGAGGAAGCUGUACGGAUGCUGUCCCUAGUAACACAUUGGGCACGAAUUGAUGACACGCAGCUUGGCCGACCCAAGCUGUCGGGCCAGGAGGCAGCAAAUCCCCUGGCUGUACCAAUGAUGUUGUUGUAUGUGAUCGACGAGGUUUGCCGCGAAGACGACGAGCUCCGUCAGGCGUACAUUGAAGAUGAAGAGUGGGCCGUUCAGCAGAUUUUAAAGCACUUACAGGUAAACUGUACAAAUUGACAUUUACAGUGCUUUUGAUGAAGUGUCUUGAAAACAAAAUCAAAGUGAACACAAGUGAAACACGCGGAGUGAUUCCAAAGAAGUCGCACCAACAAAGUGCGAUAACUAUCUCAAAAUAGCACGUUACUAAUGACAACGAGAGGCCAACACUAAAAACUUCAGUUUUAGAAAUUCUUUACUGUGUCAAACUUUUAUUAUCAACUUAGUUAAUAAAAACCAAAUUGACCUAGGACAACAUUCUUUCGCCACAAUUUCAGAGCAAGCUAAAUGCUUUGAAUUUGAUUGAAGCAAGUACGAGUACCGAGAUGUAAACAAAAUUCUUCAAAUCAUACAUCUUUCUUCCUAUGGGGUUAUGAGAAACAAUGUUGUAAAUCACUUACAGAACUCCUCUAACUUGUACCAACGUAGGAAUAAUUUCGAUUAACUCCUUCUAUCCUAGAGAAAGGGUAGAGUGGUAUUAGAAAAAGUCACAGAAGAAGGAAAAGAGAUAUCUGGUGCAGAAGGUCGACUCAUCAAUCCAGGACACGCUAUUGAGGCUGGAUGGUUUCUCCUACAGUAUGCUACACGUACACAAAACGACGAACUGGCAAGAAUUGCCAUCGACAAGUUUAUAGUUCAGUCAUUUGACACAGGAUGGGAUGACAUGUACGGCGGGAUUCUUUAUUACUUGGAUGCAAGUGGCUUCUCGCCAACACAGCUGGAGUGGAACAUGAAACUUUGGUGGCCUCAUGCGGAGGCACUGAUUGCACUCCUCAUGGCUUACAAGGAGACUAGAGAGGAACGCUUUAUGGAGAAGUUCGAUCUCGUAUUCCAGUACACAUUCUCGCAUGUAAAUACUGGGCUUACCAAUUGACCCUUUAACACCUAGACGUGAUUAACAUGAAACUUCUCCCUAUAAUAUCCUAGCAAUCUGCCAAAUAACCCGUUUUCUCUCAGUUUUCAGAUUCACAAUACGGUGAGUGGUUUGGAUAUCUCAAUCAGAAAGGAGAAGUGACACACACCUUCAAAGGAGGACCGUUUAAAGGUACGUUUGUAAGACAACUUUUCAAGGAACCACCCGAUUGUAUUUAAUUGUUUUACGUCGUUAACGGAUGGGGAUAAACGGAAGGGAACUGUUAAAUAAUUGUUUGUCAGGGUUGAAAGACACUUUAGGGUCAAGAUUAAUAUAAAACGGAACGAGGAAGGUCAACAUUGGAGACGACUUAUACGGAUGGCAAACAGGCAAUAUGAUGCGCCUAGGGGUAGAUCCACCGCAAGGCCCCCACCCCUCCCGCUUGCCCAGCCAUUUGAGUGAUACAAUGCGAUCUUGUCGUUUCAAGAAUUUUGGUGUCAGACACGUAGUAAAACGAACCCACAGGUAUGAGGGAGGUUGGGGGUGGGUAUGCAACCCCAAUACCUUCCCUCUGGAUCCUUCAGAGCAAUAAUUUCAAGUGACACAAUCUUCUUCAUGCUGUGUUAAUUCUUAACCCUGUCUGUCACUAUUCAAAAUAACUGAAAACAAUAUUAACUACUUUACAUAGUUGCGCAGUUAACCUUGAUAAAUAGCUCACAAAAUGCUUAUAUAUUUAUCAUAGGCUGUUUUCAUGUUCCUCGUUGCUUGCACAUGUGUAUCAAGAUGUUGAAGGAAUUACUUGAAGAGAAAACACUAACGAACGGUCUAGCAAACGGUCUAGCAAAUGGCAACGGUGUUGUUUAGGUCAUGAAACAGAAUGGACACAUCAAACUAUAGGAUAAUAUAUGAAGUGCUCAAGAUUAAGUAUUUUAUUCUUCUGGGUUGUCUAAUGUUUAAGAGAGGGUGACACCUUCAUUCAGUAUAAAAUCAAAUUGCAUGUUUGGAGCCACUCAUUAAACCUUCAUUGUUACUGGUGGUGCAUUUAGAGAUUUGUACACUCACAUUCAGUAAUCUUUUAUCCGAGAGGUCAGUUUUGCAACAUUCAAAAUUCUCCUCAGUACAGUAGCAAUUGAGAUCCCAAUUACAACACAAUGUAAAGAAUAUUUCAUCAACAGUAUGUAGAACUUGUAAUAUUAAGGCUGCCUUUUACAGAAUAAGUUCUAGAGCAUCCAUGAUUUUCCCAUUGCCUUAAACCAAAGGAAACCAUCACUUGUUGUAAUCCCUUAUGGCAAAGAAGUUGGUGUAUAUCAUAGAUGUACACUGGUUGAGAUUUUUUAAAUAAUAAAAAUCUAUUAUUUUAGAACUGUGGUCAUUUUAGGUAAAACAAUGGUGAGUUGAAGGGUUAAAUAAUAUGUAGAUUACAAAGGCAACCCUUAAACACAGCAAUAAUAUUGAUUUUUUUAGAGAAACGUUUUUUUAAAUUCUGGAUGUUCAUGGACACACAACAGAAUCUUUUCUUCAGAUGGUGUCUUUGUGACACCAAACAUCUGCUGUUUUAAUUUGGGUAUUUGAAUUACAUUUUUCAAAAAGCUUUAAGGAAAAAGUUCUUAUCAUACCCAUAAGACAAAUAGUUCCUAAAACCAUAACAGCAAAGGACUUGUAUAUUUUUGGGACAGAAAUUUUCACAAUGUCUCAACAACAUUGAAGGCUCAGAAACUAAAACAUCUCAAUUACCUAUGGUUGCAUCUUGGAAAUGGUGUUGUUCCUUCCGUUUCUGUUGAAGUUAAAUUCAUGAUUUCAUAGCUCCUACACAAAUUUCCCUCUAAGAUAAAUAACUGCCUAGAUGACUGAUGGAAACUUCUUGAGAUCACCUGUUGGAAAAUCCAAUUUUCUGUAAUAUUAUUUAUCCACAAUGUGAGGAGAAAACUCUUCAGUCCUCAGACACAGUAUCCUUGCAAACAAAAAUAAAACAAAACAGUAAACUUAAAAUUUACAGCACUGCGCCAGUUGCAUAAAGGGUGGAUAAUGCUAUCCAGUGGAUAAAUUGCUAUCUGGUGGAUAAGUGAUAGCAAAACAUAUAGUGUUAUCCACUGGAUAGAGAUUUACUUAGUGGAUAGUGUUAUCCAAUCUUUGAACGACCAGGGCCAGGUAUCCUUACAGAUGAUUGGUGUGAACCUGUUCCUGUGUGUAUAGCUCACACUUUGAGAAAGGUUUACUAAAUAAUUCAUCAAAGGGGCUAUUUUCCCUUGAAACUUUGGUGCUGCAGCAGUGGGG